AAGCUCCUAAUCAAUUCAUUGGACAGUCCUGUAGUAUCCCAUAAAUGGACACUUGUUUUCCAGCAUCAAGGACGUUUGGAAGAGGUGAAUCUGCAAUGGUGGGAGGAGCAGGGAAACCUUAUCUGACCUUGCUGAACUGGUAACCACCUCAGAGGAAAGAUGGCAACCAGACAGCCUCUCCACGAGGACAAACUCUCCUGCCCCAUUUGUGGAAAUAUUCUGAAAGAACCUGUUUUGCUUUCCUGUAAACAUAAGUUUUGUAAAGCUUGUCUGAAGGACUGCUGGGAGACUCAAGGGGGUAAGGAGUCUCACUGCUGUCCCCUGUGCUUGCGUCGUUCCUCAAUGGACGAGAUUAUAGUGAGCACUAUGCUGGAGAAGUCCUGUGAAUCCUACAGGGAAUACAAAAGGAAUGAUGAUCCUCUGGCAUGUAAGAUGCAUGGAGAAAAGCUCACAUGGUUCUGCCUGGAGGACUUGGAGCCCACUUGUGGAGUGUGCCAGGCGACAGCAGCACACAAGGGGCACAGACUCUACCCUGUUGAGGAGGGUACACUUGACUGUAAGGAAGAACUCAAGAGUGCAUUGAAGCCACUCAAGGAGAAGCUGAAGCUGUACAAGAAGGCUAAGCUUGUUUGUGAUCAAACAACAGCGCAUAUCAAGAACCAGGCAGAGCAUACAGAGAAGCAGAUCAAGGAUGAAUUUGAGGCUUUACACCAGUUUCUCAGAGACGAAGAGGCAACUAGACUGAUGGAACUCAAGGCUGAAGAGGACCUGAAGUGUCAGACGAUAAACAUGAAGCUUGAGGAGAUGUCGAAGGAGCUCACGUCCCUCUCCAAUACAAUCAGGAUCGUGGAGCAGGAGAUGAGAUCUCCGGACAUACCGUUCCUGCAGAACUACAAGGAUACUAUUAAGAGAACCUGGCGCAAGCCCCUGGAUCCACAGGAAAUCUCCGGAGCCUUAAUCGACGUGGCCAAGCACCUGGGCUCCCUGAAAUUCCACAUCUGGGAUAACAUGAAGAGCAUCAUUUCAUACACCCCUGUGAUUCUGGACCCCAACACGGCGGCGUGCUGCUUCGUCCUGUCAGAGGACCUGACGGCGGUGCAGUGCAGCGCCCGGAUCUUCAAGCUGCCGGACAACCCCGAGCGCUUUGACAUCAGCGCCGAGCUUCUGGGCUCCGUGGGCUUCUGCUCCGGCCGCCACAGCUGGGAGGUGGAGGUGAAGAACAACUCCUAUUGGGUGGUGGGCGUGGCCAGCGAGUCCAUCAACAGGAAGGGGAAGCACGUCCUGACGCCAUCGGAGGGAUAUUGGACGAUACGGUUUCGCAACGGAGAGCACAAGGCCUGCACCGCCCCUUGGGAAGACCUGACUAUGAAACAAGAGCCACAGGUGAUCAGGAUUGUGCUGGACAUGGACAGGGGCAAGUUGACCUUCUACGACCCCCGGGAGCGGAGGCCCCUCUACGCUUUCUCUGACCUCAUCAUACCCAGGGCGUUCCCUUACUUCUGCACGGCCUGUAAGGAGCACCCUCUGAAAGUCCUGCCUACGAGGCUGUCCGUUUCUGUAGAAAUGUAGGGCGCCUGCAUGGAGCGUCAACAGACGGAAAUGUGUGGAAAAAAAACAUACUACCUUACUAACAACAUGGUGUGUACUACCUAGAGGUGAAUAUCAGAAGUCAUUUAUGAAUGAAGCAUGUUUAGUCGAUACUUAUUUGUCUUGACCUGUGUGAGAAUGGUGUGUACUUUAUUAAGUAAAAAAAAAGCUCAGGAAUAUGCUAAAUUAGAACUAGCUUUUAAAUAAUAAAAGAUAAACGGUUGUCUCUUUAAAAUAUUCAUUUUUUGCAUUACACCCAAACAUUGCUUGAAGGGCAGAGCAAGUAUAUUAUUACUAUUCACAAUCAGUCAUAGUAACAAUGUUACUCUAAAGGAAAAACACAGUUACAAUAAUUUAGAAAUUUUAAGUAAGCUUUUCAGCAUGAAUGCAAGAAAUUGUUAUGAACUGGUAACUUUCUUGGCUGAAGUUCUCUCUCGGACAGCAUGAAGACAAAAGACUUUAGGACACCAUGGGCACCAAAGGCACAUAAUAUUGUGAGAAUCAUCAUGUUAGAGAACAAAUCAGCCAUUACUUCAAACAUGAUAAAGAGUCUAUUUAGUUUUAUGCAAUCUUGCAAUCAAAAAUAUCUUGUGUUGUGGUAAAUGUGGGCGUUCGCAUUGCAUGUGGCUUCCCAUAAUGUGCGACCUCACAGUCUCACCGACACAGUAACUCACUCAAACAUGGACAGUCAAGUAUUUCCUAAAUCUGUGAAACGUUAUUUUCAACUAAACUGUGCUUGUAGAACAUAACUGCAAGGUUGGAGGCAUUUCUGUUCAUUAAAACUCUGUAACUAAGGUGCUUUGCCUUUUACUCACCUUCUAAUCAGCAGAUCUGCUCCUUCUAACAGCAUAACCGCUUCAAGUAAUACCCACAGAAUCCAAACUUUAAGUGCAUUGUAGCUCAAAGGCUUAGCGGUGUUCAUUUGGCUAACUGAGGAAUUCAAAAUAAAGUAUAAAGGUAAAACUC